CUCAGGAGAGAAUAAGCCACAGCAGCGGGGAAACAGCAGUAAUCUGACCCAGCGGAGACUCACAAAAGGUGGCGAUGACUUUUACGAAUGUGCCUUACGGAUGUGCAUGCUUCUAUUUAAAUCAGCUAUGCACAUGAGCCUAAAACUUUACUCUUUAGGCGGACUGAAUGUCGAAACUACCAGGAAAUGCGGGACUCACGGUGCUCGGGGAUAAGUCCCUGGAGUUCUACCGGGAUCCAGUGAGUUUUUACCGGCAGAGGAUGGAGAAACACGCGGCGAGAGUGUUCCAGAGCCGCCUCCUCAACCGAGCCACCGUGUUCGUGUGCUCCGUGCGAGGGGCCAGGGAGCUGCUUUGUGAAAAGUCCAAUAUUUUUCAAAAGGACCCCACAGAUUUGAUGACAAACAUGUACGGAGAUACGAUUGUCACCACCAAUGGUGAAGAGGCAAGUCUUCUCCGUCUGUCGUUUUCCAGUCUUUUCACAGGAAGUAGUUUAGAAUCAAUGAAGGCCUACAUAACCAGUGUGUGUGAGCAACAUCUGAAGGAUCUUUCACAAAGUGGUCGUCCAGAGUGUGCCUAUUCUGUGUUUAAGUCUUUGGGGACACACCUGGUGUUGGGACUCUUUCUGAAUGUUCUUCCAGAGGAACAGCCUGAACUUUACCAGGAAAUCUCUCAGCUCUGCACACAGCACUGGCACGGUCUAAUCUCAGCCCCCAUCAAUGUGAAAAUACCCAUGUGGUCGUCCGGCUUCUCCACAGCUCUCGAGGCCAGAGAAAAGCUCAUGGCUAUCAUUAAAGACAAACUGCAAAAUGACAAAAAUGGUUUUGUUGGCACACUGGGAUCCUUGCCUUUGCCUGACUCCAGCUCUGCCUCUCAGCAUCUUCUGCUGUUUAUCUCCGCUUUGAUCCCCAAAGCUCUGGCAUCUCUGCUCACCUCUUUUGCACUAGCACUCAGUGGCAAUGACCAGGCGGAAACCCGUAGAAAAGCAUUGCAGGAUCCUGAUUACUUACAGUUAGUAUUGCUGGAGGUCCAAAGACUAUGGCCUGCUUUCAUUGGUGGACGAAGGAUAGCAAGUCAGGACUGUACUAUCGCAGGCUUCCACGUCCCCAAAGACUAUGGUGCCAUCUACAUUAGCCAUGCAGUGCACCGGGACCCAGAGGUGUUCCAGGAGCCUGACAGCUUUGAGCCAGAGAGAUGGAGAGAGAGGAAUGCAGGCCAGGAGCACCUCCUCUGUUCUUUUGGAAAUGGACCAAGGAGCUGUAUUGGAGCUAAACUCACAGAUGUUUUCCUUAAGGAAGCGUGCAUGUACCUGUUGCAGCACUAUGACUGGUGUGUGGAUCCCCCAUCCCAGGAUCUCCAGUACAAAUGGCUGCCUGUGUCCCGCCCUGCAAACCCACCCACACUCUCCUUCACCUGAAGUCUGGUCAGGAGCACAUGAGACAGCAGCUGCACAUGCUAGGGACAGCCAGAGUGGUUAGUGACCUAGAGGGGAGAGUUUAUAACAGUUUUGAAUAGCAAUGGGUUAUCAAUGUUGAUCAGAUGUUGUAAAUUUAACUUAUAUUUGGCUACAAUAUUUUUGUGGCUUUGCAUCAGUCUGAACUUUUCUCUAACUUAACAAAAUGUAAAUAUGUGGGCUUUGCGAUGACUUUUAAAAGAGUAAUACUGGUAUUGGCAAAUAUCGCCUAAAAGCUAUAACAGCAAGAAAAUGUCAGUAUCACUUAAAAAAUAUAUAUCAGACCAUUUUAGAGAUGACUGAACUGAACUGUGAAAUCAUACAUUAUUGAUUGCAUGUUUGGCAUAAAUUUUUCUAUUUGACUCAGGUUUUCAUAAUUAGCUGUUGACAUAAGAGAUUUUCACUCAUAACCUGCUGUUAAUAAGAGAGGUGUGAGGUGUUUUUUUUCUUUUUAGACUCUGUGACAGAGUGUGGAAAUUUACAUGAGAAAAAACAUGGAAAAGUACAAGAGGAUAUAAAGUAAAAUAAUAUUAGCAAUAUUAUUUUAUUAUUAUUAUAUUAUAUAAUAUAUUUUAGCAUUUUACCUUCCAAAACACCUUCCAGAAUUAUAUUUUAAUACAACCAGGAAAUACAUUCCAUUCUGGUACCAUAUACAGUACAUUCCGAUGAGAAUGUUCAGUUAAUAAUAUAUCCCAGCAAAUAUAAACACAUUUUAUUUUAUUUGACGCUUUCACAAUAUAAUAUGCAUCUAUUGUUACCAUGACUACAGUUGUAUGAGAAAACAAACAUUACUUAACCUGAUAUAAAUUAAAUGCUAUAUAUGAACACGAUAUACUUAUCUAUUUAAAGGUACAGUUUGCAACUUUCUGGAGAAGCCACAUCACCUACAUAAUUCCAUGGAGAUAGAAAGUUAAAACCAUGUAUCUAUGUUCCUCAUCAAAACCUCGGCCCAUCCUCAUCUUAAGUUAUCACCAUAAGCACGUAGAACAGCAUGUAGAACUUUGUACGGAACUCACCGCACAUCUGCCCGGAGCAGAAGCACUUAGUUCGAAUAACAAUAGCAGCCCACAGCGGUAAAGACAUGGGAGCAUUCACUGUAGUGCACAGCCCCUCAGGACAGAGCUGGGGGUCUGGGUCCUUGGUCUUGUACCAUCCUCCGAGCGAGUUGGUCAGUUAGGUACAGAGGCUCUGUCCUCCAUGUGCUGGUUCCAGACGGAGGCGAGUAAGACCAGUGCGCAAUGGACUGGGUCCGAGUGGUUCUGUGCCGUCCUCUGUGCACUGGUUCCAUGCGGAGAAAGCGAGAAUGCGCUAUGGACUGCAGGUCCGGGCGGGCUGCUUCAGUCCUUCGUGCUUGAGGGCUGCGGCUGAUUUCAAGGUGAUGCAAAGCAUUCAGACAAAAGCAUGAAUCCAGUUUGUUUUGUUAAGUUGUUCUGAGGGGUCCAUCCUCCGCACAUGUGUUUUUUCCCGGGGAAAGCACUUCUCAGGCCAAGGCACCUAACAUCACUCCCCGCUCCAGCUCCUCUGAGCCCGGCCUGAACCAGAGCUGCUCCUGCUGGGUCAGGACUCUGGUUUGGAUCUAGUCCGGGUAUAGCAUUUCUCACACUAGGCUAAAUGCAGUUAAUUUUAUAAGUUGAAUCAACUGAAUAGGAGCUAUUCAGUUUAGGCUGCCUGUGGCAUUCACCCUGUUGUCUUUUUUCACAUUUGGGUCUGUAUUGCUUAACAGUUCGGAGAUGGUGACCCCCGAGAUAUUGAUGGGUAUUUCGCACACUGCUUAUAUCCACUGGAACAACAUUUCAGUAGCUUCAAAGAGGUUCAUUUUGGUGUUAUUUGGAAACAGCUUCAUAGAAACAAGUAGAAGUAGGUUUGUAGAGAUGCAAACCCAAUCCAGGCAAAUCCAUUCAAUUUUUUGGCUAAAAAGUCUCAUAAUGUGGUUUUAAAUUUAAAAGAUGUCUUAAUAUACAAAGUCAGUGCAAGGUUAAAAGUACUAGCUUAAUAUUAAUACAUUGUUGGAUCUUACCAAAAUUGUAUCAAUUAAUAGACCUGAGUUUGGAUAAAUGCUUUUUUUUGUAAAUCCAACAAGUAGCACAAUAAUACUCUGCAAUAUAGUAGGCAUCAGAACAGCAGAACCUCCCAUUCAUAACAACAGAACUAUAAAUGAAACCAGUUCUAUAAAUAGCCAUAUCAAGCAGCCCAUGUCCAUUGUGAAAUCAAGGACGCAGGCGGAGAGGUAGAGCUCUGAGAUUCCAUCACUGACAGACUGCAGACCUGUCUCCCCUCCCCCUCCGACACCUAGCAACCAGUGCUUAGCAACAGUUCGUCAUCCUCACACCGAGGCUGCUUUUAGUAUGCAAGUCACACACACACACACUCAGACCUGCUUAUUUUUGAACACAUUCACAUACAGGCAGUGAUCAGCUCCCAGUGAAUCACAUGAAAAGCAUAUACCAGCAGGACGCCGCCUCCAGCUGACCCACCCCCAACACUUAGUAGCACAUGACUCAUAAUAAGUGCGAUUAUUAAUUAGGAAGGAGAUGUUUUAAUUGCAUAUUUAUUCCUAAGUGCGUACGUGAGCGUUGAAGUCCACCAUGUACUUGCGUCACUUGUCUUAAUGUGUAACUUAAGAAUGUAGGCUGCUAUGGCGAGGUCAAGUACAAAGUGUGAAAAUUUUAUUCGUAAGUUGUUUACUAUGUUUUUAUUAUUGUAACUGUGUCAAUAACUUGUGAGUCAUUGCCACAAGGUCAAGAAGUUUCUGAAGGUACCAUAUGUAGUGCUAUAAUGAUGCAAUGCUACAACAUAUCCCCAUAUCCAUAACUGCUAAAGGGACACUAUGUUAUUGCUUUGACAAGAAUGUUCCACAGUAUAGCAUUUUAAAGUACUAUAUUAUCCAGAUUGGCUAUUGUGAGCUUUUAGCCGUAUUAGAACAUUGUUAACUCAUCAAAUACAUACCCAGAGUUGUGUUUUGUUCACACGUGUUGGAGUAACCCAUUAGUGUAUCUACAUCUCCAAAGCUCAAAAUGCUCUAUUCCACCUUGUGAUGUCAUGAAAUGGUAGUUUUCAUGUUAACAGCUACCCUUUACAUUUUGUUCAGUAGAGAUUGGAAGUUCCACAGCUGAAAUGAUCCAAAUGGUUCUAGUUAAGGUGUAUGGCACACAACGGAGCACUUCCUGUAUUACCGCUUAACAUCACAAGGAGAGUAUUCAAUGAGGAAAUCAACAUUAUAACAGACAUCAGAAAAUAGCUUAGUCCUUUAACUGAUAAUACUUUAUGGUGAAGUGUUGGGCAUUUUUUGUAAUAAAAACACCUAAAAAUGAAUAAAUAAAAAUCUCUUAAAUGCCAUGCUUUGGAACAUUCCAGGCAAAUUAAUAUCAUCUCCUUGGUGACAAGUAGGUAGCGGAGCCUCCACCAAAAACUUUACAUAUUGCACCAUUAAUAGUUACAUUCAGUAUUCUGCUUAACAAAAUGUAUUGUUAUAUUUCUGCAAAGAUUUGAAAAUGUCCAAAAACAAAAAUAAUUUUACAGAGUGGAAAUGUAUGAAUAAUAUUUUAAU